CGCCUGCGGGACUCGCGGAGCGCGUUACAUGCAUGUCCAGUGGGGGCAGGUUUAAUUUUGACGAUGGAGGCUCCUACUGCGGAGGCUGGGAGGACGGCAAGGCGCACGGCCAUGGCGUCUGCACCGGCCCCAAGGGCCAGGGCGAAUACACCGGCUCGUGGAGCCACGGCUUCGAGGUGCUGGGCGUCUACACCUGGCCCAGCGGCAACACGUACCAGGGCACCUGGGCGCAGGGCAAGCGCCACGGCAUCGGCCUGGAGAGCAAGGGGAAGUGGGUGUACAAGGGCGAGUGGACGCACGGGUUUAAGGGGCGCUACGGGGUGCGGGAGUGCGCGGGCAACGGGGCCAAGUACGAGGGGACCUGGAGCAACGGACUGCAGGACGGCUACGGCACGGAGACCUACUCGGAUGGAGGGACGUACCAGGGCCAGUGGGCCGGCGGGAUGCGGCAAGGCUACGGGGUGCGGCAGAGCGUCCCCUACGGCAUGGCGGCGGUCAUCCGCUCGCCCCUGAGGACGUCCAUCAACUCCCUGCGCAGUGAGCACACCAACGGCACGGCGCUGCCCCCGGACGCCUCCCCGGCGGUGGGCGGCAGCCCGGCCGUGUCCCGCGGCGGCUUCGUGCUGGUGGCGCACAGCGACUCGGAGGCGCUGAAGAACAAGAAGAAGGGGCUGUUCCGGCGCUCGCUGCUGAGGCGGGCUGAAGCUGCGCAAGUCCGAGUCCAAGAGCAGCCUGGCCAGCCAGCGCAGCAAGCAGAGCUCGUUCCGCAGCGAGGCGGGCAUGCACCGUCAGCUCCACCGCCAGCGACGUCCACUCCACCGUCAGCCUGGGCGAGGCCGAGGCCGAGCCGGCCGUGCUGGAGGACGACAUCGACGCCACCACCACCGAGACCUACGCGGGCGAGUGGAGGAACGACAAGCGCGCGGGCUGCGGCGUGAGCCGGCGCUCCGACGGGCUGAGGUACGAGGGCGAGUGGACCGGCAACCGGCGGCACGGCUACGGCUGCAUGACCUUCCCCGACGGCACCAAGGAGGAGGGCAAGUACAAGCAGAAUGUGCUGGUGAGCGGCAAGCGCAAGAACCUCAUCCCCCCUGCGCGCCAGCAAGAUCCGCGAGAAGGUGGACCGCCGCCGUGGAGGCCGCCGAGCGGGCCGCCGCCAUCGCCAAGCAGAAGGCCGAGAUCGCCGCCUCCAGG